AUGACUAGCCAUUCCCUGCAAGCCUCGAGUCACUCACUGCAGGCGCCCUUUGUGCCGGCCGGCUACCUCAUCAAGGAGGAGGAGGAGGAGGAGGAGAUGUUUUACUCCGCGCCCGGGCGCGGAGAGCCAGACGACCUGGGCGACCUCAUGCAGGAGAUGCGUGAGGGGGCAGCCUGGGUGGAGGGCCUGGCCAUGGAUUGCGAGCUGCCCAGCGGCUCCAGCCCCUUUGGCUCCUCCCCUAGCGCCACGCCCCUGCCGCCGCCCCCGCCCUCGCGCCUGGGCAUGUGCGCGGCAGACGUGCCGGGCAGCGCGGCGCCCCCUAGCGCCGACGCCGGCCCCAGCCCCUUCCCGCUGCCCGAGUUUGCCCAGAAGCAGCCCGCGGAGCAGCAGCAGCACGCGGCGGCGGCGGCGGCGGCGCAGCGCGAGGCUGAGGAGCAGGAGGCGCCGCUGCAGCCCUCCAUGGCCGCCAAGCUGAUGCACCCGGGAGCGGCGCGCGGCGGGCGCCUGGGUGGCGCCGCCUCUGGCGCUCUGCCGCUCACCCAGUCGGGCCACAUGAUCCCGGUCUCGCUGCCCGGCGUGGGCUGCGAGGGCGAGUCGGAGCCGCAGCCGCUGCCGGCGAUGGCGGGCGGCGCGGGGCUGGGCGCGCCCCCGCCCCGCGCGCCGCAGCAGGGCUCCUGGCUGCCGCCGCCGCUGCCCUACCACUGCUGCCCGGGCGCCUCGCCCUCGCCCCAGCCCCCCGGCGCGGCCGCGGCGGCCACCAUGCAGGCCGCGGCCUUCUACGGGCAGCAGCCCCCGCAGCAGCCGCAGGCGCGCCCCGGCGCCUCGCCCUCGCUGGCCGGCUUCCAGACCGCGCCCCCCGCUUUCUUCCACCAGCAGCAGGGCAUGGCGCACCUGGUGCCGCAGGACGCGGCCGGCUACGACAUGGCGCAGCUGCUGUCGGGCGUCCCGCAGGGCGCCAGCUUCCAGGUCCCCGCAAUGCUCAUGACUGUGCCGCAGCCCAACUCCUCCGGCGGCGGCUCCGGCGACGGCUCUGACGGCACCAAAGUGCGCAUGCGCAGCAGCUUCGACGGCAACUCGGGCAACGACAGCGGCAGCGGCGGGCGCGGCGGCUGCGGCGGCACGGCCGCCGCUGACGCCGGCGGCGCCGCAGGCGGCCGCGGCCCGCGCCCCUCCGCCAGCGGCGGCGCCGCGGGCGGCGGCGGCUCCUACUGCGACGCCCCCAGCGAGUCGAGUGACGUGGUGCCCGACUGCGGCUUCCUGCCCAGCGGGCCCUUUGGGAUGAUAAUGCCGCCCAUGGGCAUGCCCGCCGGCUGCCUGCCAGACGGAUCCGCCUUUGCCGGCUUCCCGCCCAUGCCCGCACCCUCCGCCUUCUACGGCGCCGACUCUCCGGCCGCCCAGACCGCGCGCCUGGCGCGCCAGAGGAGCCUGGAGCGGUACCGCCAGAAGAAGGCGCGGCGCGGCUUUGGAAAGAAGAUCCGCUACCAGGCGCGCAAGGUCAAUGCUGACAAGCGCCCGCGCGUCAAGGGCCGCUUUGUCAAGGCGGAUGAGGGCGCCGCCAUCCUGGCUGCCGCUGCCGCCUCUGCGGGCGCCGUGCCCACUGGCGAGCCAUCCAUUUGCUCCGACUGA